AUGGAUCCAAUCUUAUCUUCUAUCUUAUCUAUCUUAUCGGCCAAUGAAGGCCCCGCAAUUCAAAAUUACCCUUCCCCGCUUUGGUCGCGCUUUCUCAACUCACAUCCUUGCAAUGAUAUGCCCAAGAUGAAUGCUCAAAAGCAGAAGGGGUACUCUCGAUCCCGAAAUGGGUGCCUUCAAUGCCGUGGCAGACAUCAAAAAUGCGAUGAGCGAAAGCCAAAAUGCUCACUAUGUGCUUCACGCCAAGUACAUUGCGAGUACUCAUCGACGAGGAAGUUUGUUCAAAGCACAGGGCCACUUAUGAUGCGACAUAAACCCCGAGAACCGAGGUCCUGCGCUGAACUGAAGGAUCAUAGCAUGCCCGAAGCAUGUCUCUUCCUUGAGACGGGAAGCUUUGAUAAUGAAAUCGACAAAGCGGCCUGGAAGUACUAUGUACACAUUGUCUCUCCCCAUAUCCCAGCCAUUGAUGGACCGGAGAAUCCGUAUCGGGAACUUUCAAUCAUCGCUUUAUCAUCUCCAGUUCUACUGCAUACCAUUAUAUGCAUUGCCUCGGAGCACAUGCUCAAUUCCGGGCUUGUCAGUGUUUCCACGGCCGCAGUGCAUAAACUACGAAUGUUAAAGUCAAUAGACCGUUGCCUCAAGCAAAUCCACGCACAAGAUCGCGCCCAAAAUCAAACUCCCUAUUCGGAUAUGGAUACCGAGUUUAACACAGUUCUUGCAGCAAUCGUGCUCCAAGGCGUUGUGGUUGCACUGACUCACAAUGAAGCACCCGAGCCCCAUAUCGUAUACGCCUUGUCACUUUUACGUCCAACGCAACUGCUUCACACCAUUCCUCGCACUCCCCUGAUUCGGAUGGUACUACAAAGAUUCGCGAUCAUGGAUGUCACCGUUUCGAUAUCGCGACAGCGUCGCCCAUGCGCGCCUCGAGAUUUUAUUCUUUACCAGCCUGCCCCAUUCUGGGAUGCUUCCGAGCCCUCCGUGCUUAAGAUGACAGGCUGCCCACAGCCACUUAUGUGCUUCCUGGUCCAGAUAUCACACCUGAACAACGAUAUCGACGAAGGCCUAGAGCAAGGGCUAGCCUCGGGGCUUUCAAGGGCAUCAGCUCUGCAAAGUGAGCUCCAGUCAUGGUGGUUGGGCUACGGAGAAUCCAACUCGACUUCACCCAGAGAUCCUCUCAGCCUGCUUACAGAAUGCUACUUCCACGCUGCUGAACUCUUGCUCGCGCGUCGAGUAUUCAAAUAUCCAACUACAUCACCAAUGAUACAAAAGAUUGUUCAGACAAGCCUUGGCCUCAUGAAGGACCUGUCACCCGGCUGUGGCGUUGACUCAUCUCUUCCUCAGCCCUUCUAUCUCACAGCCCGUGAAGCGCUCUCGCCCACGGAUCGUGAUUGGGUGCGAAGAAGGCAUGUCGAGAUGGGCUAUUAUUACCGCGAGCAACAGCGCAAUGCAACCAUGGAUCAUAUUGAGAAUAUUUGGCGGACUGUUGAUGGGUUCCUAGCGGAGCCAAACCAGGCCAAGAAUUUUGGGACUCUGGACGCUCGCAUUAAAGGCCUUGAUAGAAGCUCGGCCGUAUUUAUAUUUUGA